AUGCAAAAGACGUUGCGUUGCGCUACCUGGGAUGGCGGCGCGCCGCUGACAGGAAAGCGCGUGAAGUGGCCAAGUCGUGAAGACGUGCAGGCUGUGCUUGGUAGCAAGGCUGCGCGGACGUCAUUGGCCUAUUUGUUGCACGCCAACAGCCAGGACAGGGCUGUGGGUAAGGCCAUCAACAGACAAAAGACCGAUGCAAGAGCGGAACCAGCCCUAUCUCAAAUUGCGACGGGCGGCGACGUACAGGCAGGCCCCUGGCGUGCAGGCUUCAGGAUGUGGGCAUGCGUCGACGAGCAGCACGAGCAGCACGAGCAGCACGAGCAGCACGAACAGCAGAAAGCAGACGAGCAGCAGAAAGCAGACGAGCAGCACGACAAGCACACCGAGCAGGACAAGCACCAACGACAGGCCCGUGCGAUGACGACGGUGUUGCAAAGAGGAAACAGUGCGCAGGAGGAGACGGCCCGCAUGGAUUGA